AUGCCGCUCAGGACUUUGGCAGUUGCAGAUGAGAUGUCAUAUGAGUGCGGUGUUGAGCGCAUCUACUUCAGUGCCACGGUACUUUUCCAGAGCCGCUUGUACCGCUUCACAGUUUCGAACCCUUCGUCCAUUGCUCUUCCCUACAACUGGCGCGUGGUGCCGAUGGAGGAGAGAGAACGCACCGGGCUUCUACCUUAUUCAAUCACACCACCCAAAGGGACGAUUGCGGCGGGUGCUUCUGCAGAGUUUGAAAUCCGAUUCGCACCCAAAGAGGUCGAGGACUUUUCCGCAGUCUUGGAUGCACAGCUGCAUCAGCUAGGAGCCCCUGCGAAUCCCUUUAAAUGGUUCAGCUUUGCGGCCCUGGUGCCACUUUGA